UUGCCUGUCUUCUGUCACGUAAAAAAUUUACGAAUUUUACUCCGUGAAGCCGUAUUGUCGGCUCGUAAAAUAUUGUUUUCUUAUAGUACGAGCCUCAGUGGUUCAAAUCGGUGUCUCCAAGACGAAAUGUGCUCUUCAAUACGCCUUAUUCUCAUUAGAAACAAAUAAUUUUGAGACUCAUUUCACCUUUGAUCAGCGUUUUCAACAAUGUCGCAUGAAAUAUUGCAUCUUCUAUGCAGCCCCAUGAAGCUUGAGCGAGAUCAGGCAAUAUCUGAAUUAAAUAAAACACUGCCAGCUUCGAGCCAAAGUACUGUGCAACAAUUCAAAAAUGCCUUAAUUGCUACAGCUACAAACAAAGAGGCGCCGUGGGAGACAAAAUACGGCUGCUUAUUAGGCACUAAAAUAGUUGUUAGUUAUCUUAACAUAGAAAAUGAAGACGAUCAACUAUUUAUAAAUAAAUAUAAGGACACCGCUCUGCAGUACCUAGUUGACGAUGAGCCACGAGUUCGAAUAGCCGCCGGGGAAGUACUGGGAGUACUUUGCGCUAAAGCAGGCCCUCUCUUGUAUUCUGAGAUAAAAACAUCCCUUGUUAAUCUCCUAUCGAGUCAAAUUGAUUCUCAGAAUACAGAUCAGCAACAGAUUAUGCAUAAAAUUGCAUCCAGCUCGGACACAGGUGGCUCGUCAACCGCUUUAGAAACAACUUUAAAAUGUCUACAAAAUAUUGCUGAAGGAUGUGGUCAUGAAUUUCAACCAUUCAUUGACUCUGAGAUGUUGAAUUUGGUGUUUCGGAGCACCAAGCACUCCUGUCGUUUUGUUAGAGAAGCUGCAUUUUAUCUUUGUGCUUCUUUAGUUACUAACGCAGUGGACGAAUAUGAUUAUGGCGAGUGUGACAACACUGUUAUCAAUACAUAUGGCAAUGAGUUUGCCCAUAAUUUAUCAUCUGGCCUAUCGGACAACUGGUCGCAAGUUCGCUUGGCAGCCAGUGUUGCAACUAGAAAGUUUUUGGUUGCCUUACCUAUGGCCAAGUCUAGGGAAGCAUAUUAUCCUGAACUUUUACCAAAGAUUUGUUUAAACAGGUACUACGUAGCUGAGGGAGUUAGAAAUUAUUCACAAGAAACCUGGAGACAAGUUACGGGUCCCGACGGAAAAGUGCUAGUAGAAAGAUUUGUGAACGAAACAGUCAAUUAUUACAUAAAGACAACAGAAUGUGAUAAUCAUGCAGUUAGAGAGGCAGCUUGUUCAUGUAUCGCAGAAUUAGCAACAAAAAUUGAUUCAGAAUGUGUUCGGCCACAUGUUCAGCGCCUAUUAUCUACCCUUGGUAUUUGUUUUCAAGAUGAUUUCUGGCCAGUUCGCGAUGCUGCGUGCUUAGCUUGCGGCAGCUUGAUACAGUCUUUUCCACAAGAAUCUCAAAAGGCUCUUCCCACUUUGUAUCCUAUGUUUUUUCGGAAUUUGGAAGAUCCGAUUGCAAGUGUGCGCCAAGACGCAGCUAUCGGACUAAGUAACACAGUCAGAGCUUAUGGUGCUUCAGCUCUGGCUGAAAUUCAGCCGAGAAUGGUAGCGGGAUUGAAUGGUGUCAGAAAUCAGCCAGACUCUAGUCUUCUAUUUUCAGAGCCUAACUCUAAGCUAAAUACAAAUUAUACAAGUACUCGUAAGUGUCCGCAAGUUGCAGAUCCCACUGAUGAUGUACCAAUGUAUGAACAUAACAGAAAUACUGACUUGGCUCACGUGAGGCGUAAACCAAGCGAGCCAUGGGAGCUAGCGGAUGGGUGUUUACAUCUACUUGGAGAAUUAGCAAUGAUUGGAGGACCUGCAUCAAGCGUAGUGACUGAAAUUUUACCGCUUCUCGCUGAAAUUUCGAAGCUGCGUCACUACAGCAAUCAUUUGCAGCUUCUAGAAAAUUUGUGCAAAACACUUCCUAUUAUUUGUACCAGCAUUGGCAAAAAAUAUACGAAAUCUAUAGUGCAAGAUUUCUUUGAUUCAAUUUUCUAUGCACUAGAAAGUGAAAAUGCACUCACAUCUAGUGCUGCUAGUCAAUGUUUAAAUACAUUGAGCUCCCUUAUUGGUCCCUCUAUACUGCGUGCAAAGGUGCAAUCAUACAAUCCAAGCUAUCUUCAUCAUUUGGAUGCAAAUAUCCACAUAGCACCGUUAUAACACCAAAGUUAGACAAGAGAAAUUUAUACUGAACUGACCAAGUUUAGAAUUAUAAAUCAAUUUUCAAUAUCAGACGUAUAAUUGCGUGUAUUUGCUUUGUGAAACAAAUUAAUUUAUUAUACGUUUCAUAUAAUGUAUGUGUGCUUUAUGGCCAGAAUUUCAAGAGCGCCUUAAGAAUUUCCAAAUCCAUCGUCAAUUCAUACAAUUUUAAUAACUGUAUAUCUAUCAGCAUGUUCCUGUUUUACCUCUGCAUUCUACGAAUUGAAUUUUGUAAACUUUGUAAAUCUUGCUUAAUAAAAAAUA